AUGAGUGAAACAUCUUGUUAUAUACUCGACAAUGGAGCCUAUACAGCCAAAAUCGGUUUCUCCACAAUGGAACCGAAAAUAGUACCUAAUUGUAUUAUGAAAGCCAAAUCUGAAAGACGUCGUCCCUUCAUCGGAUCGCAGAUAGAAGAGUGCCGUGAUGCGUCCGGCUUAUUCUAUAUUUUACCCUUUCAAAAGGGAUUCCUUAUUAAUUGGGACACCCAAAAAACUCUCUGGGACUUCAUGUUCAGCAAGGAAUGUUGUCCAGUCAAUUUUAGCGAAACUCCUUUGAUUAUAACUGAACCCAUUUAUAAUUUUUCUUCUAUACAAGAAGCUAUGACGGAAAUAUUCUUCGAAGAAUAUGAAUGCCAGACGUUAUUACGAGUAAACGCGACUGAUUUAGCCGAAUAUAACUAUAGGAAAACACAUAAUAAUGAAUGUACUGUAGUUGUUGACUCAGGAUAUAGUUAUACAUACAUAGUGCCUUACAUUAAAGGUAAGAAAUACAAGCCAGGAAUAAGAAGAAUAGAUGUUGGCGGGAAAGUGCUGACGAAUCAUUUAAAAGAGGUUCUAUCAUAUCGACAGUUGAAUGUGAUGGAAGAGAGCUAUGUUAUAAACCAGGCUAAAGAGGAUUCGUGUUUUGUUUCACAAGAUUUCAUGGCAGAUAUGGAAAUUGCAAGAAAGAAAGCACCAGAAAAUACUAUAGUCAAAGAUUACGUUCUACCAGAUUACACAACAAUACGAAGAGGUUACCUCAGAGACAUAGUCAAACCAGAUGAGGACUUAGAACAGCAGACUUUACGCUUAAAUAAUGAACGAUUUGCCAUACCUGAACUUUUAUUCCGCCCAUCUGACGUUGGUAUACCGCAAAUGGGAAUACCAGAAGCAAUAAUGCACUCAAUUGAGGAAUGUCCAGAAGCAAACAAAGAGAACUUAUUAGAAAAUAUAGUUUUGUAUGGUGGCAAUACUCUCUUUCCCGGAUUUCGUGACAGAGUUUACAAUGAAGUCAGAGCCUUUGCGUUGGAUCAUUUCGACGUUAAUGUUACUUUAGCAGAGAAUCCAAUAACGUAUGCUUGGGAAGGGGGUAAACUAAUGUUCAGGGAUCCCGAUUUUUACUCAUUUUGUAUGACUAGGGAAGAAUACGAAGAGGAAGGGAAGGCACUAGCAUUUGAAAGAUUCGAUAUAUAACGGCGUAAACGAGCAAGGAAGUCUUCGGAGUAGAUGCCUUGCUCGUUAAAUAUUUGUCGGGAUUAUUGAGUAGGUUAUAUCUGAUAGUCCAGUCAGAGAUAAAAAUAGAAAAUUGUUCUAUUUUCUGUAAUUAAAA